AUGGCAUAUCCGAACACGAAUGCUUUCGAUGUUGAUGAUUAUGAUUAUGUACCCCUGAAUGAAUCGUACCGAAGACCAAAGUCACAUCGUCACCAUCAUCAUCAUAAUCACCAUCAUGAACCACAGCAAGAAAACGACCAUCGGCAUCACCAGCAUGUUCAUCAUCAUAUUCAUCCUCACCGACAAUCACCAGAAAUUGAUCCAGCAAUGGAUCGUACAGCACAAUACAUUGCCGGUUUGAAUGAACAACCGUAUCAACAAAACUACGUUCAGCCAGUUCAGCCACUUCAGCCAUAUGACUCAUUUUCUCCAACUUUAACAAUUCGACGUCAUCCCGUUAAUGCAUACGAUCCACGAGAAAUAGAGCAUAGAAUGCCGACACUUACACAGUCCGAACUUCCGUCCAAUUUACACGUGACCAUUCAGCGUGCUCCUGUCGACGUUCAGAUGCCUCCGAUUGCCGUACAGCCCAUUAUUUAUAAAGUUCCAAUUGCUACUAUUCAGCCAAAUGUUCAGCAACCAAGCAUUCGAGCAUUCAAUCCUCCUCAACAGUCUCAAGAUGUUCCUGUAAUGUACGCUUACAAACCGAAUGAAUCGACGAUGAAUCCUUAUGUGCCCCCAGCUUACAAACCGGAUGAAUCGACGAUGAAUCCUUAUGUGCCCCCAGCUUACAAAUCGGAUGAAUCGACGAUGAAGCCUUACGUGUCCCCAGCUCCUCAACGUGAAUCCACGCAGAACCAUCUAAUACAACAGUCUCAACGCACAAAUGAGCCGUUGGAUCCGGAUGAACGACCAAUAAUUCCGAUGAAAGACACGUCUAUCUAUGAUAGUCCUCGGAGUACAUCAUCGUCUGUAGGCGCAAAAAGGCCAUCGAGAGUAAACCAGUUUAUUCAACCACAAGCCAUACAACGAAAACAAACGCCUCCUACAGAACAUAUUGAGGAGUCUCCAAGACCAUCAAGAAAUAAGAAUCAGAUUGAGCGUCGACCAGUUCGAACGGAUCUUCUACCUUCUACUCCAUUUGGAAUAUCAAUGAAAAAAAUAAAACCAGUGGUCAUGAAAAUGCAACAGCCACAUGUCUAUCCAGAUGAGUAUUAUGACGAUGAACCUGUGAAUACUAUACGAAAACCACUUGUUCUUUCACCGGUUUCUAAAAAAAAGGUUUAUAAAGUGACUCCACCUCACCUUGAACAACCGUAUGAGGAAGAUGAUAAUACCUACUACGAGUAUGUACAACAACCAAAAAGAGUUGUUUAUGUUCGACCGAAAAGAUCGGCUAUUGUCACAUACAGAACGUGA